GGCACCUUCUCGCUCAUCAUUGAGGCUCUGCAUACGGACUCUCCCGACGACCUCACCACAGAAAACCCCGAGCGCCUCAUCAGCCGCCUGGCCACCCAAAGGCACUUGGCAGUGGGUGAAGAGUGGUCCCAGGACUUGCACAGCAGCGGCCGCACUGACCUCAAGUACUCCUAUCGCUUCGUGUGCGACGAGCACUACUACGGAGAAGGCUGCUCUGUCUUCUGCCGACCCCGGGACGAUGCCUUUGGUCACUUCACUUGUGGAGAGCGUGGCGAGAAAGUCUGCAACCCCGGCUGGAAAGGCCAGUACUGCACUGAGCCGAUUUGUUUGCCUGGAUGUGAUGAGCAACACGGCUUUUGCGACAAACCUGGGGAAUGCAAAUGCAGAGUGGGUUGGCAGGGGCGAUAUUGUGAUGAGUGCAUCCGAUACCCAGGCUGCCUUCAUGGUACCUGUCAGCAGCCGUGGCAGUGCAACUGCCAGGAAGGCUGGGGUGGCCUUUUUUGCAACCAGGACCUGAACUACUGCACCCACCACAAGCCCUGCAAGAACGGUGCCACAUGCACCAACACUGGUCAGGGGAGCUACACUUGUUCUUGCCGACCCGGGUACACAGGCUCCAACUGUGAGAUUGAAAUCAAUGAAUGUGACGCCAACCCUUGCAAGAAUGGUGGAAGCUGCACUGAUCUCGAGAACAGCUAUUCCUGUACCUGCCCCCCAGGCUUCUAUGGUAAAAACUGUGAGCUGAGCGCAAUGACUUGUGCUGACGGACCAUGCUUCAAUGGUGGGCGAUGCACUGACAACCCUGAUGGGGGAUACAGCUGCCGUUGCCCACUGGGUUAUUCUGGGUUCAACUGUGAAAAGAAAAUCGAUUACUGCAGUUCCAGCCCUUGUGCUAAUGGAGCCCAGUGCGUCGAUCUGGGGAACUCCUACAUAUGCCAGUGCCAGGCUGGCUUCACUGGGAGACACUGUGAUGAUAACGUGGACGACUGCGCCUCCUUUCCCUGCGUCAAUGGAGGGACCUGUCAGGAUGGCAUCAAUGACUAUUCCUGCACCUGCCCCCCGGGAUACAACGGGAAGAACUGCAGCACCCCGGUGAGCAGAUGCGAACACAACCCCUGCCACAACGGGGCCACCUGCCACGAAAGAAACAACCGCUACGUCUGUGAGUGCGCCCGGGGGUACGGCGGGCUCAACUGCCAAUUUUUGCUCCCUGAGCCACCUCAGGGACCAGUCAUCGUCGACUUCACCGAGAAGUACACGGAAGGCCAGAACGCCCAGUUCCCCUGGAUCGCCGUCUGCGCCGGGAUUAUUCUGGUCCUCAUGCUGCUGCUGGGGUGCGCUGCUGUGGUCGUCUGCGUCAGGCUCAGAGUGCAGAAGAGGCACCACCAGCCUGAUGCCUGCAGGAGCGAGACUGAGACCAUGAACAACCUGGCGAACUGCCAGCGCGAGAAGGACAUUUCCAUAAGUGUCAUUGGUGCCACUCAGAUUAAAAACACGAAUAAGAAAGUAGACUUUCACAGCGAUAACUCCGAUAAAAAUGGCUACAAAGUCAGAUACCCGUCAGUGGAUUACAAUUUGGUGCAUGAACUCAAGAACGAGGACUCUGUUAAAGAGGAGCACAGCAAAUGUGAAGCCAAGUGUGAAACAUAUGAUUCAGAGGCAGAGGAGAAAAGUGCAGUACAACUAAAGAGUGAUACUUCUGAAAGAAAACGACCAGAUUCAGUAUAUUCCACUUCAAAGGACACAAAGUACCAGUCGGUGUAUGUCAUAUCAGAAGAGAAAGACGAGUGCAUCAUAGCAACUGAGGUGUAAACCAGAGGCGAUAUGGCAAGGUGGUUGUUCAGAACAAUUUCAGAGGAGACGUGCCCCAAUGAAUGCUGCUGAAAGAGGAAUGGGAGAUAGAUUCCUUCACUGACUGCUGCUGAGAAACUAAAUUCAGGCUUGAGCUGGUUCUCUACUGAAGUUAGCAAAGUGACUGCAAAAUAAAGAAACAAGAUGAGCACCAGGCAAGGGUCUGUGUUCAAGGAUUACUGUUGCACUGCCUUUUAUGAAUUUUAUCAUUGCACUAUGGUCAGUUGCUUUUCUAUAUAUAUUUAAAUGAAUGGACUUAAUUACUACAUAAGAAGCAUGCACUGCCUGAAGUGUAUAUUUUGGAUUCUUAUGAGCCAGUCUUUUCUUGAAUUAGAGACACAAACACUGCCUUUAUUGUCUUUUUUGAUACUAAAAUGUGUUUUUACUAGGUGAGAAAAAGUGUGUUAUUUUUUUGAAUCUGUAAAAAUAUUUUCAUGAUAAUUGUAAAGCUUGAGUAUUUUGUGAUGUUCAUUUUUUAUAAUUUAAAUUUUUUGGUAAAUAUGUACAAAGGCACUUCGGGUCUAUGUGACUAUAUUUUUUUGUAUAUAAAUGUAUUUAUGGAAUAUUGUGCAAAUGUUAUUUGAGUUUUUUUUUACUGUUUUGUUAAUGAAGAAAUUCAUUUUUAAAAUAUUUU